GAGGCGUUUGUGGCGAAGGAGACUCAACUGCGUAGGCUUAGUCGAGAGAUGCCACUGAGCAAUGUGGCUGCAGAUUCACUACGAGAUGAGAAGCUUCAACUGGAGUCCUCGAUAGCGAAUGAUGAACUUAUGGCAUUCCGCGCCAAGUACCUCGAUCAUGAACCGGAGGGUCGCACUAUUGAGGAGCUUUUGUUGAAUGAUGAUGCGGAGUAUAUGUCGAUGGAGAAGGAGCUGCGUGCGGUGAUGGCUUCAUCCUCCGCUGAGCCCGGCUUGGUUGAAUCACUGAAGGCCGAGCUCAACGCCCGCGCGCACGCGAAGGCCAAGGCAGUGAAUGCUGCUGAGCGAGGAGAUUAUCUUGACCCGGCCCCGUUGGGCGUUCUCCUGGAAAAAUUACCUCUGGAUACGGACCAAAGGUUCAGUGAACUUGAGGCAGAUCGGGCUCGCGCGCAACGCUCGCCCACGGAAAAUCAAAAAAAGGUAUCUGCUCUUGAAGAGGCGUUGAAUAGCCGUGCACGGGUGCUCGCCAGCGAGGCGCUUCACGGCGAUCGUAGCUACCUUGACGCCUUUCCUGCGGGCGUCCCUUUGCAGAUGCUUUCCCUUGACACGGAUCCAAAAAUUUCAAGAGCUGGAGCA